AUGAAGACCUUAGAGGAGACAAUGAGGUCCUGGUUCACCGUCCAGCUCAUUAUCCUAACGAUUCUUGCCUUCGCUAAAACCAGCAAUGGCAACUUUUGUAACAAAACAUUCACGAAAACAGUGACAAGAGAAGCCCUUUGUUCAGAGGCCAUCAAUUUGCUUUAUGAUCAGUAUACUUUGACCUCGAAGUACGACAAAAAAGAGUUAUACAGUUUUAUAACUAAUGAUGACCAAACGGCUAUGUGUUCCUUCGAAAAGUCACAGAAAGAGUACAAAACAGUAUGCUGUGACGGAUGGCAAGAACCAGACUGUGAAGAGCCUAUAUGUAAUUCUACAUGCUAUAUUCACGGAACUUGCGUCAACCCGUACAUUUGUGAAUGUGACGAAGGCUAUGCUGGUUUUCUUUGCGAGGACGAUGUUUCAGAUUACGACUACGGUCAGGAAAAACAGUACUGUUAUGGAACAUCUACGUGUUAUGGGCCGAAGGCUACCGGAUUUAAUCAGACUCGUGUGACAAAGGAAGAAUGUUGUCGGACAGGUGGUAACAGUUGGGGUGCACAAACGAAACGCUGUGACAACUGUUCAGCAACCAGUGGAGAUAUCAUUAAUCAAAAUCAUGAUAUCGGGUUCCGUUCAUGUUUAAGUUUCGGUCGAACCUACUACAGAACUUUUGAUGGCAGGCAAUACUCAUUUGGAGGAAGAUGUACAUAUGUGUUAACUAGAGCACCGGGACAUUUUCAAGUUGAUUUACAACAAAUUGACUGUGAAUUGCCAUCAACAUGCAAAAAGAAAGUUAUCGCAGUUGAUAGCAUGGGUAAUACGAUUGAAGUAGUGGACGGAGUGGUCAGUGUCAACGAAGAAAUUGUUCAAGUGGAAGAAAAGAUUCCGACACUCAGUCAGGGGCAUGUUUGCACUGUUCUGAAAAGUGGAGAUUGGUUAUGGAUAACAUUUGAGAAGUUGGGACUAAGCCUAAAAGUAGAUAAAAAAUCCACUGUUUAUGUAACCCUUAAAAACAAAAAUGCUCAGUUACUUCCGAAUAUUGAGGGAUUAUGUGGCAACGACAAUGGCGAUGGUAAUGAUGACUUCGUUACUCAGUCCGGUGUUGCGACAACUAACCCGACGUCAUUUGCAAACUCGUGGGUAAACGGAGACGAAAAGUGCCCCAUAGCGGGAUCUGUUCCUAAUUCUUGCAAAGAUGAUGUAAGCAAAGCACGUGCAAUGGAGGCAUGUGGAAUUAUGAGAUCAAGUGUGUUUGCUGAAUGCCGAGCAAAAAUGGCUUACAUCAGUUGGUACCAGAUGUGUGUGAACGAAUACUGUCAAGCAGAUGACGAUGAAAAGGAAUCAGUACGUUGUGAACAACUUGGAGCGUUUGCUCAGGAUUGUUCUAUGCAAGGGGCAGUCAUAAAUUGGAGGAGUCAGGGUUUGUGUCCAAAACAGUGUCCAGAAGGUCUGGUUUACAACGAAUGUGGUUUAUAUUGUCCCAGAACAUGCAACAAUAUAUUCGUGGAGCUUUCCGAUGCAUGUUCAAAGGAGAAAUCACAGUGCGUGUCCGGAUGCGAAUGUCCAAGUGGCAAAGUACUUGAAAACGGCAAAUGUGUGUUUCCGUCAGAAUGUAGUUGCACCAACAACCGCAUGACCUACAGCCCUAAUGCAACCAUAAAAGUAGACUGUAACUCCUGCACAUGCAGUUUUGGAAAAUGGCACUGUACAGAAAACGAAUGUGCAAAAAUUGGCAGUUUAACCGGCCUUUCCCAUGUCCAAACUUUUGAUGGAAAACAUUUCAGCUUAGAUCCAUCUGCCUGUGCCUUCGUACUUAUUGAGUCAAGAGACCCGAAUGGUGAUAGUCGAAUAAAUCUAACCGUGCAGGCAGUAUUUGAUACUUGUCCAACAACGAGUACCAUGCUAGGACGAAAUUGUUUGGUAGCGGUGAACAUCAAGUACAAAACAACUUCUUUAAACAUCCGAGGAGAUUUGAUAACAGUCGGUGAUACAGUGUUGAAUAAGAAACAAGGACUGUACAUGUAUUACUCGUCAGACCUGGUUAUCGAGCAGGCUACAACAAGCGUAAAUACGAUCAGGGGAUUAGGAUUCCAAAUCUUUCUUAACCGCAAAUUAAACAUUUAUUUGCGACUAGAUAGAGUAUUUGAAAAAAAGGUUCUCGGACUUUUUGGAAAUUAUGACAAUAUUGCAUCAAAUGAAUUUGAAACGAGACAUGGAAGCAUAGAAACAAAAAGUCACAUAUUUGCCCAUGAAUACAAAGACUGUUUGGAUCCAUCAAAGGAAUAUAAUCACCCUUGUCUUGAUUUAUCAAAGAAAAUAAAGGCUGAAGAAAAGUGCAAACCGCUCAUUAACCAUCCAAUAUUCACUGAAUGCUUCAACCAUGUAGAUGGUAACGUGUUUUAUACGAACUGCAUCGAGGACUACUGUGCAAGUAAAAGCCAGGACGUAAACAAUACUGUUUGUGCUAUCACAGAAGCGAUGGCAUUGCAAUGUGCACACAUUGGAGACUACAGUGCUGUUAAUUGGCUUUAUGAUGAAACGUGGUCUGAUAUGUGUGCUGAAUAUGCUGUGUGUGAAGGGGGCAGCGUCUACACCACCUGUGCCAAUACUUGCGAAGGCAAGUGCCGUGAUAUACAGGUCAAUGAUAUGUCGUGUAAAGAAAUAUGCAUGCCUGGAUGUAAAUGUCCGGAAGGCCAACUUUUGAGUGAUACAAAUGUGUGCGUUCUUAUUGAAGAAUGUUCAUGUUUUGACCGAUAUUCGAACACGUUUAAAGAGGCACAUUCAAUUACCACUCAAGGCUGCAGAAACUGUACUUGCAAAAAUGCCAAUUGGGUGUGCGACAAUGAAGAUUGUGACGACAGUAUUGACUGUCCAAAAAACCAAAUCUACAAAAAAGGUCUCACUGGCUGCGAAUCAACUUGUGAAACUUUGGACCGUACAAUAUCGUGUGGAAAUUCUCUAACAUAUGACGGAUGUGCCUGCCCAGAUGAUAUGUACAAAACAAAAAAUGGUACUUGUGUAAUGAAGGAUGAAUGUCCAUGUUCUCGUUUCGGCGAAUACUAUAGCCCAGGUGAAACUUUCGAGGAAUCGUGCAAAACAUACCGCUGCAAAGACAGACAAUGGAGUGUCAUAGCUAAGGAAGACUGUCCAGCUGUGUGCUGGGCAUCGGGAGAUCCUCAUUACACCACGUUUGAUGGCAUCCAUUUCAAUUUCCAAGGUGACUGUUCUUACACUUUGGCUAGGAGUAACGGGACAUUUGAUAUCAGUUCAGAAAAUGUGGAAUGUGGAGAUGGUGGCGUUACUUGUACAAAAAUGGUACAUGUAAAGUUACAAAGUGGUUUGACGAUAUCAUUGGUAAGAGGUUCUCCCGUAAAAGUUGGUGACACAGUUGUUAACGGCAUUAGCUACAAAACAUCUGGUGUCGAUGUUUCCAUUGAAUUCCCGUGGGUCCGUGUCACAGUCCUUGACGAAGAUAUUUCCGUGAUGUGGGAUAACGGUACAAGGGUUUAUAUUUUCCUCGGCUCCAAAUGGAAAGGCAGAGUGGAAGGUCUCUGUGGAAACUAUGACGAUAUUGAUAGUAACGACAUGCUGUCUCAGAAUGGAAUGAAUGAUGUUAAGGAUAUAUAUGGGUUUGCUAACUCAUGGAAAACAAGUACAACAUGUGCUGAUGUACAUUCUGAUCCAACAGAAUCUUUACCUUGUCAGGGUAGUCAAAGUAUCCGUGCUGCCUGGGCCGAACAGUCAUGCAAAGUCAUUAUCGAAGGCGAGCUUUUUGCAGAAUGUCGCAAACAGCCCAAAAUACAGACAGACAAAAUGUAUCAAGAUUGUUUGACAGAUGCGUGCAGUUGCAAUAAAGGCGGUGAUUGUGAGUGUCUGUGUACAGCGGUCGCCAAUUUCGCCGAGGCAUGUAACGCGUUGGGUAUACAUGUUAAAUGGAGAACACCACAUUUCUGUCCAAUUAUGUGUGAAGGAGGCAGACGGUAUACACCUUGUCGAUCGCCAUGCCCACAAACAUGUGUAAAUAUUGGCAACGAGCCGGAGCCAUACUGCAACGAUACGCAAUGUGUGGAAGGUUGCAGCUGUCCAGAGGGAUAUGUGGAAAGUGGUAAGUUCGAUGGAUGCAUGCCUGCUGAUGAAUGUCCGUGCCAUCAUAAAGGUGUGGAAUUUGAAGCAGGAUCCGUAAUAGUAACUGACUGUAUGACUUGUACCUGCGUUUCCGGAUCAUUUAAAUGCGUCGGCGACAGCUGCAAACCUAACUGCACGACAGAUGAAUUCACAUGUUCUAACGGAAAAUGCAUUUCAGACAUGUAUAAAUGUGACACUUUCCACGACUGUGAUGAUGGAUCUGAUGAAGGAAACUGCACAUGCAGUCCAGGACAAUUCCAGUGUGACAAUGGCGAUUGCAUAAAUGGAAAUGAGGAAUGCGAUGGCUAUCAAGAUUGUAUUGAUUCCACAGAUGAAAUGAAUUGCACAUAUAACUGCAAGGAUCUAACGAACAGCUUCCAAUGUCCGGAUGGAAACUGCUUCCCUCUGACUUUUCGCUGUGAUGACGAAUAUGAUUGUGAUGAUAGAUCAGACGAAGCCAACUGUACAGUUUGCACUGAUCCCCACCUUUAUCAAUGCACGACAACAAUGAAGUGCAUACCACCAUAUGUGUUGUGUGAUAAUCACGAUGACUGCGGCGAUGCUGAGGACGAAAUAGGAUGCACAACAACCUCAACGUCAAUUACCACAACUGCUAGUCCUCCAACUACCACUAGUAGUCCCUCUUCUAGUACCACCGGUCCGACUCCUACAUCUUCUCGUCCUACAUCUACAACCACAAUUUCAACACCAACAGGAACAAGUCUGAUAUCUACAGUAACGACCCCAGAAUGCCAGGAAAUGACGAUGGAUUCAAGUUCAACGGCCGUUAUUCAAAAGACGAAAGAUGGCGUCAUACACGAUUUAAAAGCAUUGGUUCAUGGUGUAGAACCAACUAUUUAUUAUAGCCUAACAAACAUUGAGAGCGAAGUCACCUUUCUAUCAUAUUCAGCACUAUUAUUUGGUGUCAACUACAUUAAUGUAUAUGUGCUAGAUCGAAAUGGUGUCAGAGUGAAUGGACAGAACCCUUUUUCCAUGACACUUGACAGUGAUAAGGAGGUCAUCGUGCUAUUGAACAGUACAAAAGGAUAUUCGUUGGAGUCAGAACUCCACCCGAGGCCAUAUAAGCCGGUGACGCAGGCCUUUCGAAAUAUAACAGUUUGCUACUCUCCAGCAACAACCUCAACGUCAAUUACCACAACUGCUAGUCCUCCAACUACCACUAGUAGUCCCUCUUCUAGUACCACCGCGACAACGAUAUCAUCAGAAACAACAUCAACAACCACUACAACUACACCAGUCUCAACAUCAACAACCUCAACAGGAACUAGUCCGUCAACAAGUAGCUCAACAUUUACAGCUUCAACUCUAUCACCUACAACAACCACAGAGUGCCAGGACAUGAUGAUGAAUUCGAAUUCAACAGAUGUCGUUCAAACAGUAAAUGAUGGCACAGUAUACGAUCUCAAUCAAACAGUAUACGCUGAGCCACCACCUGUCUUCUAUCAUUUAAUAAACAUCAAUGGCGAAGCCACUUUCAAAACUUAUUCCGCUGUGAUAUACGGUGCAAAAAGUAUCAGAGUAUAUGUACUGGAUCGGGACGGUAACAGAGUUAAUAUGCAACCUUUCCAAAUGUCACUUUACCAUGAUACGGUGGUCGUCAUACAAUUGAAUAGUACAAAGGGAAAUUCUCUGGAGAUUCAGCUAGAGGCGAGAGCUUACGGAUAUAGACGGCUGAAUUUUCGAUACAUCGGUGUUUGCUAUUCGCCAGGUACCACUACGACGUCAUCUGUAACAGUAACGUCAACAACCACUACCUCGUCAACUACGACAACGACAACAACACCAGUCUCAACACCAUCAUCAACAAGUGGUACGACUUCUACUUCUGCAAGUGAGACACCUACGACGCAUACAGCUCCCACAACUUCGACAACUACUACAACAACGACGACAACUACCACAACGACACCGCCAACCACAACGUCUGAAAUCACUAGUGCAAUACCAACAACUAGUCAAACACCUACAAGCACAAGUUCGACGCUUACAACGAGGACAGAAUGUGAAGAUGAUAUGGUGACAGAGGAUGACUUUGACGAUGUUUCCGUGUCAUCUACGGAUGGUAGCGUUAACAGGCUGGAUUUCACGUCUCACAAUACCAAUUCAACAUCGACAAUUUUGUACGAGAUUCAGGAUGCUAUCGGCCAGACCAAAUUCGUGCAAAUCCUUGUAAAAGUACGCAACGUAAGGAGAAUUGAGUUCUUGGUAUUAGACGAAAGCGGCAAGCCGGUUCCUGUUGCUACAGAGAUUAUUGAUGCAAAUAACCAGUAUGUGACGCUAGAUGUGAAUCUGAAAAGUACAGCGGGCCUUGCACUGCAAGUUGUCUUAUUUUCAAGUGUAUAUGAUCGAAGUGAACUGACCCUCAUCGAACUUAAAUAUUGCGUCACAAGAGGAACCACACCAUCGAUACCACCAACCACCUCAACAGAAACGUCAUCAUUAUCUACAACUGCAACUACAUCACCUUCCACCUCUAUCCCUACAACAGCAACUACCUCUACAACGACCAUAUAUACUUCUUCGGCACCUUCAACAACACUGACAGAAUGUGAAGAAGAUAUUGUGACAGAGGAUGACUUUGACGAUGUUUCCGUGUCAUCUACGGAUGGUAGCGUUAACAGGCUGGAUUUCACGUCUCACAAUACCGAUUCAACAUCGACAAUUUUGUACGAGAUUCAGGAUGCUAUCGGCCAGACCAAAUUCGUGCAAUUCGUUGUUGAAGUACGCAACGUAAGGAGAAUUGAGUUCUUGGUAUUAGACGAAAGCGGCAAGCCGGUUCCUGUUGCUACAGAGGUUAUUGAUGCAAAUAACCAGUAUGUGACGCUAGAUGUGAAUCUGAAAAGUACAGCGGGUCUUGCACUGCAAGUUGUCUUAUUUUCAAGUGUAUAUGAUCGAAGUGAACUGACCCUCAUCGAACUUAAAUAUUGCGUCACAAGAGGAACCACACCAUCGAUACCACCAAGCACCUCAACAGAAACGUCAUCAUUAUCUACAACUGCAACUACAUCACCUUCCACCUCUAUCCCUACAACAGCAACUACCCCUACAACGACCAUAUAUAUUUCUUCGGCACCUUCAACAACACUGACAGAAUGUGAAGAUGAUAUGGUGACAGAGGAUGACUUUGACGAUGUUUCCGUGUCAUCUACGGAUGGUAGCGUUAACAGGUUGGAUUUCACGUCUCACAAUACCAAUUCAACGUCAACAAUUUUGUACGAGAUUCAGGAUGCUAUCGGCCAGACUAAAUUCGUGCAAAUCCUUGUAAAAGUACGCAACGUAAGGAGAAUUGAGUUCUUGGUAUUAGACGAAAGCGGCAAGCCGGUUCCUGUUGCUACAGAGGUUAUUGAUGCAAAUAACCAGUAUGUGACGCUAGAUGUGAAUCUGAAAAGUACAGCGGGUCUUGCACUGCAAGUUGUCUUAUUUUCAAGUGUAUAUGAUCGAAGUGAACUGACCCUCAUCGAACUUAAAUAUUGCGUCACAAGAGGAACCACACCAUCGAUACCACCAAGCACCUCAACAGAAACGUCAUCAUUAUCUACAACUGCAACUACAUCACCUUCCACCUCUAUCCCUACAACAGCAACCACCCCUACAACGACCAUAUAUACUUCUUCGGCACCUUCAACAACACUGACAGAAUGUGAAGAUGAUAUGGUGACAGAGGAUGACUUUGACGAUGUUUCCGUGUCAUCUACGGAUGGUAGCGUUAACAGGUUGGAUUUCACGUCUCACAAUACCAAUUCAACAUCAACAAUUUUGUACGAGAUUCAGGAUGCUAUCGGCCAGACUAAAUUCGUGCAAAUCCUUGUAAAAGUACGCAACGUAAGGAGAAUUGAGUUCUUGGUAUUAGACGAAAGCGGCAAGCCGGUUCCUGUUGCUACAGAGGUUAUUGAUGCAAAUAACCAGUAUGUGACGCUAGAUGUGAAUCUGAAAAGUACAGCGGGUCUUGCACUGCAAGUUGUCUUAUUUUCAAGUGUAUAUGAUCGAAGUGAACUGACCCUCAUCGAACUUAAAUAUUGCGUCACAAGAGGAACCACACCAUCGAUACCACCAAGCACCUCAACAGAAACGUCAUCAUUAUCUACAACUGCAACUACAUCACCUUCCACCUCUAUCCCUACAACAGCAACUACCCCUACAAUGACCAUAUAUACUUCUUCGGCACCUUCAACAACACUGACAGAAUGUGAAGAUGAUAUGGUGACAGAGGAUGACUUUGACGAUGUUUCCGUGUCAUCUACGGAUGGUAGCGUUAACAGGUUGGAUUUCACGUCUCACAAUACCAAUUCAACAUCAACAAUUUUGUACGAGAUUCAGGAUGCUAUCGGCCAGACUAAAUUCGUGCAAAUCCUUGUAAAAGUACGCAACGUAAGGAGAAUUGAGUUCUUGGUAUUAGACGAAAGCGGCAAGCCGGUUCCUGUUGCUACAGAGGUUAUUGAUGCAAAUAACCAGUAUGUGACGCUAGAUGUGAAUCUGAAAAGUACAGCGGGUCUUGCACUGCAAGUUGUCUUGUUUUCAAGUGUAUAUGAUCGAAGUGAACUGACCCUCAUCGAACUUAAAUAUUGCGUCACAAGAGGAACCACACCAUCGAUACCACCAAGCACCUCAACAGAAACGUCAUCAUUAUCUACAACUGCAACUACAUCACCUUCCACCUCUAUCCCUACAACAGCAACUACCCCUACAACGACCAUAUAUACUUCUUCGGCACCUUCAACAACACUGACAGAAUGUGAAGAUGAUAUGGUGACAGAGGAUGACUUUGACGAUGUUUCCGUGUCAUCUACGGAUGGUAGCGUUAACAGGUUGGAUUUCACGUCUCACAAUACCAAUUCAACAUCAACAAUUUUGUACGAGAUUCAGGAUGCUAUCGGCCAGACUAAAUUCGUGCAAAUCCUUGUAAAAGUACGCAACGUAAGGAGAAUUGAGUUCUUGGUAUUAGACGAAAGCGGCAAGCCGGUUCCUGUUGCUACAGAGGUUAUUGAUGCAAAUAACCAGUAUGUGACGCUAGAUGUGAAUCUGAAAAGUACAGCGGGUCUUGCACUGCAAGUUGUCUUAUUUUCAAGUGUAUAUGAUCGAAGUGAACUGACCCUCAUCGAACUUAAAUAUUGCGUCACAAGAGGAACCACGCCAUCGGUACCACCAACCACCUCAACAGAAACGUCAUCAUUAUCUACAACUGCAACUACAUCACCUUCCACCUCUAUCCCUACAACAGCAACCACCCCUACAACGACCAUACAUACUUCUUCGGCACCUUCAACAACACUGACAGAGACGACCGAAUCCAUGUCAUCGUCAUCAGUUCUUUCAACCGAAAGUUCAACAUCAAUUAUUUCUGUAUCUACAUCAUCGCCUACCUCUGCAAGUAAGUUUAUAACUUUCAUAAAUUAUCCCUUUUUUCAGCUGAUGCUUGGAUAA